AUGAUUGCCGACAUUCCUAGUGUUCGGUCAUUCCUCGACGAUGUCAUCAUAUUCGGACCAACCUGGGAAGCACACAAAGCGUCAUUGGAUCAACUACUUCAGCGAUUGGAGGAAUAUGGGUUCCACGUCAAGAUGGAAAAGUGCCACUUUUUCCAAACUGCAAUCAAAUACUUGGGGCAUAUCAUCGACAACAAAGGCAUCCGCCCUGAUCCAGAAAGGCUCCAAGCCAUCGCCUCAAUUUCAGCAACAACCAACGUUUCCGAACUGCGCUCAUUCCUGGGAGCCAUUAAUUUUUAUGGCAGAUUUUUCCGCAACAUCCAUGAACUUCGACAUCCACUCGACCAGCUAAUCAAGAAAGAUGCGAAGUGGCAGUGGAACAACAAUUGUCAACGGUCAUUCCGGCGAUUUAAGGAAAUCCUGCAGACCGAAAUGUAG